CUGUAUGACGCGUGCCGUGGAACGCUUGAAGCGCGACUGACACAAACACACACGCGUGUGCCCGGAGCGCGUUUACACCCUCAGAGUUUCUUCAACACUUUUUAAUCUCAAGGAGAUUUGUUUGAUAAAGCUAGUUAUGUCUGACACGCACAAGAGGACCAGGAAGCGCUUCGGCGGACACGCGCACAAGAGACACAAGGGUUCCCGCGAGCUGGAGAUGGGAGCGCAGGGGGUGCUCGUCACCUGCAACAUGAACGAGCGCAAGUGCACGAGCGAAGCCUACAGCCUCCUCAACGAGUACGCGGACGCGCUCUACGGCCCUGAGCAGCCCACAGACUGCCUCAGUGAGGAUGAGGAGGGUGAUGAAGACGCAGAGGCUGCGCUGAAGAAGGAAGUGUCUCAGAUUCAGUCGUCGAUGAAGAAGCGUCAGCAGAGGUUCAGUGCGGUCGACAGCGGAGCCAAUAACGUCGUGUUCAUUCGCACGCAUGGAGUCGACCCAGAGGAGCUGGUUCACCACAUCCUGUCGGACCUGCACCAGACGAAGAAGAGGAAGUCUCGUGUGAUCCUGCGCAUGCUGCCGGUCAGCGGCACGUGUCGGGCGUUCCCAGAGGACAUGGAGAAGUUCCUGAGCGAGUAUCUGGAGCGCUGGUUCAAGGCGCCGCUGCGGGCCACGUACCAGAUCUGCUUUAAAGCCCGCAACAGCAGCCACAGCAAGAGAGACGACGUCAUCAAAGCCGUCGCUGGUUUGGUGGAUAAGAUGAACCCGCUGCACAAGGUGGACCUCAGCAACCCUGAGCUGAGCAUCAUCAUCGAGAUCAUCAAGAGCGUGUGCUGCGUCAGCGUCGUCUCCGACUACAUGCUCUUCCGCAAGUACAACCUGCAGGAGGUGGCGAAGGAGCCCGCCAAUCAGAGCGCAGGCCCACAGGAAGCAGCCAAUCAGACACCGGAGCAGGAGUGUGGAGAGCCGGCAGAGGGCGGCGACGGGGGCAAGGGGGCGGAGCCUGAGUGA